GUGCCACAUGCCAAGAUGAGCAGCUUCAGAGACGUCCUGAAGGAGGUCGGGGAGUUUGGUUUGUUUCAGAAAACCUUACUUGUUGCUUUAUGCAUACCCAGCAUUUUCCCGGCUUUCGAUGUCAGCAGUCAGGUGUUUGCGGGGCUGAGCUUCUCUCACUACUGCAACACUGACUGGAUCUUGGAGAGAGGUCCAAACUUGACAAAAGAGAGACAAAGGAACCUCACCAUCCCGGUGGACAAGGAUGGGAGAUUUGAAAAGUGUAGCAUGUUCACCCCUGUGGAUCUGGAUUUGGAAGCUAUUGAAGCAUAUGGCCUUAACAGGACAACAGAAUGCAUCAAUGGCUGGGACUACGAGGUUCAACAAGGAGUCUCGAGCCUUGUCACAGAGUUUGAUCUAGUUUGUGGCAAAAGUGGGUUAAUCGAGGCAUCGCAGUCAAUCUACAUGGCAGGUAUCCUCAUUGGAUGUUUACUGGUUGGGGCUAUUUCUGACAGGUUUGGUAGAAGAUUUGUAAUCCUGCUUUCACUUCUCCUUCUACUGUUGUUUGCUGUGAUUACGGCUUUCUCACCAAACAUCUACGUUUACAUAAUCUUUAAAUUUUUAUGUGGGUCUUCUGGUGGUGUCAUUAUUAUGAACACAUGUGUCAUGGCGGUGGAGUGGACUGACGUUUCAAAGUCUGCUCUUUGCACAACGUCCAUCAUCAGUUUCUUUUCAAUUGGACAGAUGCUUCUGUCUGGUAUUGCAUAUUUGACGAGAAACUGGAGGAUCUUGCAACUUGUGCUCUUCAGCCCUCUUGUCAUAAUCCUGUUGACCUUCUACUGGCUUCUCCCAGAAUCAUCUCGAUGGUUGAUGACGCAAAACAGGAAGGAGGAGGCUGAGAAGGCACUCCACCGGGCAGCCAAAGUUAACAAACGAAGAGUACCAGGACAUCUGCUAGAAAAGGUAAAUUUGGAAACUACUCCGGACAGAAAGAACAUGAUGGACAUCUUCCGCAUAUCAUAUUUGAGGAAACGCACUCUAAUAAUGAGCUUUAACUGGUUUGCAGCCAGCUUCCUGUUUUAUGGACUGAGCCUAAAUAUAGGGAGUUUCGGCCUAAAUAUCUACCUCACGCAGCUCAUCUUUGGCACUGUUGAAAUUCCUGCCAACGUGGCUUGUUUGACUAUGAUUCAACGUUUUGGGAGGAGAAUAUGUCAGGCAGGCUUCCUUUUCCUUGGAGGAGUCUCUUGUUUGGUUGCCACUGCUGUCCCAAGAGCCCUACCUGUGGUUGUGACAGUCAUUGCUAUGAUGGGAAAAUUUUCAGCUACUGCUGCCUUCAGUACAGUCUAUGUCUAUACAGCUGAAUUAUAUCCUACUGAUAUAAGACAUAGCGGCAUGGGUAUAAACUCUAUGUGUGCUCGAGUGGCGGGCAUCCUCUCACCACUGGUCAGGCUCUUGCAAGCCUACCACUACAGCAUUCCCAUGGUUGUUUAUGGCAUCAUCCCGAUGGCUGCUGGUUGUUUCAGCCUGUUGCUCCCUGAAACACUCAAUGUUGAACUUCAAGACUACAUUGAACUGAAAAAAGCGACAAAAGCACCAGAGGGGAGCCAAUGCUGUGAUGAAGGAAUGGAUGAGAAACUAUAAAUUUGAAUAUAAACUACAUUCUUG